CCCAAACGCGCCUCGCGCGCGGACACCUCCCUAGGCCUGGAUCCCGGAGUCGGCCGUCCUCCGCGUUCGGCCUGUAGUUCUAGAAUUCUCAGCUUAUCUUCCUCAGGUGCUGUGGCCAAGCGCGGACGCCCUCGGCGGCGCAGCCACCCAGUGUUUUCUCCUGGUCCCCAAGUUCGCCGUCCUGGGUCCUCCGCCUCAGGCCCAAGCAGCCCCUUCAGCCUUCUAACUAGCUGGAAUUACAGCACCAAGAAGGAAACAGUCCAGGUACCCACCAGUCCAGUCAUGCAGGUACAGGCAGAUGGAGACAAUCUCAUCCCCUUUGCCAAGUGUUCCAGAGUGGUCAGCCGAUCUCCACCCCCGAGCCUCCCUUCCCAGAGCCUCACAUCAACAUCCCAGCGUUAUGGAAAUGUCUUCUGGGAGAAUCUUUGCCAAAGGCCCAGCCCCACCUGGACAGAGGAACAGUAUAUUCCACCCAUGCUGAGAAAUAGUGGCUACUCUCAGCCUGGCCUGUACCCUCUUGAGGGACUCCCACCCCCUGAGAUGCUUUGCAGAAGAAAGAGAAGAAGAUCACAUUUGGAGGGAAUGAAGCAGGGACCUGGGAGUAUCCCAGCCCGGGUAAGGGCUGUCUCUUAUCACCUGGAGGACCUGAGGAAGCGCCAGAGAACCAUGGAUGAACUGAAGAAGGCCCAGUGGGGCAACUCUAGGGCAGCAUCUGAGCCUCUUGUGCUUGACGAAGAAGGCUGUGGAUUCCCCAGCACUACUGAAUAUCCUGAUCUGGAAGAGGAGAAGGCAACCUAUCCACAGGAAGAGAACCAUUUUGUCACUCCUGGAAGGGACCAGCUGCUUUGGUCUCCCUGGAGUCCCUGGAGCCAGGAAGGUGGUUGUGCCUCCAGAAGGCUGAGCUCUACGUCCUACAGCACUGUCACAGCCAGAAGGAACCCCGUGUACAAUUCCUGGGGCAUGGAGUUGGAGUCUGAGGAGUAAAGAGAAACCAUCUGUGCCCAAGAUGCUGGUGCCACUUCAGGAACUCAAGAACAAUUCCAUCACUAGAAUCACGCCAUUGCUGGCAUGGAGCCAUUUCUCUUUCCUUAACCUCUCCAGCUGUUGGUCCCAUCCUCCAGAAUAGGCAUUCACAGCCCCCUUGGGCUUCCAUCUCAAUGGGCUUCCAUCUCAACUACCCCCUCUUUCGGGGAACUCCCAAACCAGGUUUUCCCCUAGGCCUUCCCCUGGCUUUGUGUUCUUCUCUGUUCCGUUAUUAAAGAGCAAGUGAGUGGA